UAUUUACUAAUUAUUUUCUUUUUAGGUUUUUCCCCGACUUUGAAGUAGAAAUGAAAGUGGAUGAAUUUGAAUACAAUAUUGGAAAUGCCUAUCAAAAAGAGAAAAAGGUCAAAACUCCUGAAAAAUUGUUAUCUCCUUUAAAGAAGAGGAAUAAGGAGGAAGACGAUGAAUACACUCCACCAGGGGUGAAAAAGAAAAAGUUACCAACAGCAAAAGAAAGGAAACCUACCAAAUCCACCAAGAAGGUUAAAAAACAGGAACACAAGAUAUGGACUUGCAGGCGAUGCUUGGAAGAAUUCGACUCUCGUCGAGAUCUCACAGAUCACACUAAAACCUACCACCCUGAGGAACCGAAGGAUGCGCCGGCUUUCAAGUUCGACGAAGAGCAGGAUCUCUACAUCUGUACGGCGUGCUCAGCAGAGUAUCAAACGAAAGAAGAAGUUGAAACUCAUAUUUCGAAAAUCCAUGAAGAGUUUUAUACUUGCGAAGUUUGCAAACACACCUCAAAGAAAGCCUAUAGUUUUGCAGUUCACAUGAAGAUCCACAGUACAGAUGACACCUACACAUGCCCCCUGUGUAACUACAACACCCCCAGGCGGACUUGUUUGCAAACUCAUAUCAACAGAGUUCACUACCACAAGUUUUACUAUACUUGUCCGACUUGCGGUAAGGGUUUUAAUGACUCUGUUAUUUUCAAAGAACACAACAAUGAGCACUUGGGAAUUAAACCAUUUAUUUGUGUGGUUUGUAAUAAGGACUUUGUGUAUUCUCGUUACAUGCUAAUUCAUCAAACAAGAUAUCACACUGUUCAUAUAGAAGGUACUCUUCAUAAAACUCAGUGCAGUAUUUGCAUGAAAGUUUUCAGCAAGGUAGCAACGCUGCUAAAACAUAUAACUACAAAACACAGCUCAGGUAGUAUGGACAAGCCUGAAAAGCGACAUCUGUGUGAUAUGUGUGGCAAAGGUUUUGGUACUUCAGACAAACUGAAAAUACACUACCGAAUUCACACAGGAGACAAGCCUUUUGCUUGUAAAUUCUGCGAAAAGAAAUUCACUAAAAAAGACUACUUGGUAAUGCAUGAGAGGGUUCAUACAGGAGAAAAACCCUAUCCAUGUGAAUACUGCACCAAGUGCUUCAAUCAAGCAGCCUCUUUGAGAAUUCACGUUCGUGGUCAUACUGGAGAGAGGCCUUAUGUUUGUCAGUUUUGUAAUGGGGGGUAUAUUUCAAGAGGCUCACUGAACUUGCAUAUGAAAAUUUGCAAUGGAGUUCUUGCAUAAGUUUCUAUCACUUCUGACUUGGUAAAAUAUUUUUGUACUUGGUCAGUAUCAAAUAAUUCAGAAGUAGUCUUUGUUUUGUAUGCAUAUAUAGUUUGAUUUGUUUGAACUAGAUAUAUAAUUGAUAUACAAAGUGCUCUAUGGCUAAGAUUACAAAUCGAAACUAAAUAUUUCGUUUAAAAAAAUGACUU